AAGAAGUAAGGUUAUUUGACAUGUAGCAAACAGUUUUUAUUACUAUUUUGAAUAAUAUAAAUUAUAUAAAUUAAAAUUUAAAAGAAAAAUGUAAUAAAUCAACAUAUUAAAUUUUAAAGUUUUCAGCAGAACGAUGAAAAAAUAGUUUUAAUAACAUGACUCGGUAUGCAAGAGCAAAGGGUUCAAAAUCAUCAAAUGAAAAAGUACCAAAUGAAGCUACACCUUGGUAUAUAUUGAAGCAACAGUUAGAUGAAAAUUCGUCUAGGCAGCAGAGACAUACAGAAAGAAAUAAGUCCGCAAAAGAGUUAUUGCAGGAUAAUGAAGAUGUAUUUUAUUGUGAUGUGGGAAAUGUUAAUAAUGACUGGGCAGAAUUUGAAGAAAAUACAUCAAUCAGAAAUGAUAAUGCGAAAACAAAGAAAAUUAAAAAGAAAAAGACAACAUCUUUAGAUAAACCUGAUUCGUUUAAUCAAAAUGAAACUGAUGAAAGUAAUGUUAACUCUAAAAAAAUCUCAUCUUUAAAGAGAAACUUAAACAAAGGUAGUGAAAUUGCAGUAGAUGUCAAAGUUAAAAAGCAUAAAAAAGAUAAAAAUUUGGUAGAUAAAUUAAAUGAUAAUCUGCAAAAUAAUAGUACUUCUAAACAAGAUAAUAUUGAACAGAAUGAAGCAAAUAUAAAAUAUACUAAAGUAAAUAAGAAAAAAAAAGGAAAUAAACAUAAUGAUCAUAAUUUUCUCAAAACAUCAAUAAACAGUAGUGAUAUUUCACAAAUCAACAAAAUUAAAUCAAAUGUAACAGUUGAUAAACAACAGAAAACAGCAAUUGAUUCUGAAAGUAAUAAUGACAAUGCAAUCAGUUGGGAUAAUAAAAAUAGUAAAAAUAAUGCGAACAGUAAUGUAACACAAAAAUAUGCUAAGAAAGAUAUAAACAGAUCAAACAAUGUCAAAUUUGAUGUAAAUCAAUUUCCUAGAAAAAAGAUUAAAAACAGUCAAAACAACAACAAGAAACCUAAAGUUCGAGAUGACAAAGAACACAAACGAAGAAAGCCAGAUACAGGUUCAACAAAAGUAAUGAUCAAUGGUAUGGAAAUAGAAAUUGUGAAAUUUGAUGGUUUUCCAGUAAAAAAAGAUGAUGCAGAUAGAUUACGUGAACUGAAACAAAAAAUGGUUAUGAAAGGUAUCCCAAAAAAAGAAGUAGAUAUAGCAAUGAAAUUAGAAAGGAGAAAAGCUGAGAAAGCAUUAGCAAGAAUCAGAAAAUGUGUUUGUUUUCACUGUCGUAAAGCAGGACAUAAUUUGUCUGAUUGUCCUGAACUUGGAUCCGAGCAAGCAGGUACUGGAAUCUGCUUCAAAUGUGGAUCAACGGAACAUACACAUUUUGAAUGUAAAGUGUCUAAACCAACGGAAUUUAGGUACGCGACUUGUUUCAUUUGUCGAGAACAAGGGCAUAUUGCUAAGCAAUGUCCUGAUAACCCUAAAGGUAUUUACCCUCAAGGAGGUAGUUGCAAAGUGUGCGGUGAUGUGACACAUUUAAAGAAAGAUUGCCCAGAUUUAAUUAAAGAAAAAGAAGAAAAUACAAUUACAGUAAAUACAAUUGGUGAUGGUAAUAUCGAAUCAUUAGAAGGAAGUAAAAAAAAUGUUCACAUAGAAGAGAAAAAGAAAUCUAAGAAAAUAGUAAAAUUUUAAGAUUACAUAAAAAAAAACGUUUUCGUACAUACAUCAAUAAACUGCUCGUGUACAAUAUAAACACAAAAAUUUAUUGAAAGGUACACAUGUUCGACAUGUAUAUACAUAUAUAUUUCCUUUAUUAGUACAUUUUAGUGUUAUUAAACCACCAUUUUGAAAAAUCUGAUAUCAAACAAGAUGUAAUGAAUAUUUUAUUACUUUAUGUACUCCCUAUUUACAUUUCACACGAAUUUAUAAAUCAAUUAAAACUUUUUACAUAUUACUUGUACAAUGAAAUUAUGAAACUCUGUAGUUCUUUAAAUACUUUUUUCUAAGAAAAGAAAUAAAUUACUUACUUAACUUUGUGAUAUCAGAUUUUUUCUAUGUACAGAAGACAAGUCACAAAGGUAUACCUAGAAAUACAUGAUUAUCUGUACAUAUCAGCAAUUCAUUAUACAUAUACAUCAGCAUCUUUGUAAAAUUAUUUAGCACUAAUUUAAACUAUAUUUCUAUCAUUUAACAUGCUAUGCAAAUGACAUGUAACAAGUAAUUAAUGUUUUCACUAUCGAAAUAAUUUUUCUUUUUAAUAUAUGAAAUUUGAUACAGUGCCGUAAAAUUAUAUAAUCAAUUCACAAUUUUCACUAUGUUAUUAUGUUAUGAAUUGGUAUAUAUAAUCUGUACAAUUUGUAUACUUAAAAUAAAUUUUGAAGUACGAAUUUUACGAAUAUAUAAUAUAUAUUUAUAUUUGUACUUCUAUAUUACAUUUGUCCUUAUACAGCCCUAUUUGUAAUAUAUAAAUUUUCUAUCCUUUAUAUUAAAUUUCCUGCAUAUAAGUUAUAAUUUCAUCACCCCUAAUGGCAGACAAAUAGUGGUACUACUGCAGUGAUAAUUUAUUCAGUGCAUAAUGAAAAAGAAAUUUACGCAACUGUAUGUAUCAAUCAUGAAGUUAAUAUAUUAAAUAAUUAUAUCGUUGAUCUUUUCAUUUUCACUGCAAUGCCAUUCAUUGUAGUGCUAAUUAAAUAACAAGUGAUAUUUAGAAUUGCAUGUGUACUAAAGUACAUAAACAAUAUACAAUGAAAUAUAAAGUGAUGUAAACUUGAAUGUAACGAGCGCAUUCCAACAUAUAAUAUGUCUUAUUUAUUUGUGUACAUCUUAUUAUUUUCUAAACUAUCGAACACAUGAAAAAUAUGAAAGUUAUUCGAUUUCAUAGAAGUCACUAAAUAAUGUAUUUCGGUUUGUUUUAUACUUUUCCUCAUAAGUUUCCCCCGUAAAAUUAAAUAACUUUCAUAUGAAACACUUCUUGUAUUUUUAGUAGUUAAGGAAAUAACGUGUAUAUACACGAAUGAACUGAACAUAUUGCAUAACAAAAAAUGUAAUUAUCUUCGAAUUAGAAUGUUUGCGAUAUUAUAUAUCGCAAUCGAAUUAAUAAGGAAACGUAUGAAAUACUACAUGGAAAAUGACAAUUUUCACUUUAAACAUUUAAUAAUCCCCCUUUUUAUAGAAA